AUGACUGCCAUCCACCAGGCCACCGCAGGCCAGGACCACGACAGAUUCGAUCCCGAUGACUCUUUUCCGAUGGCGCGCAUAGUUCCGCCCAAGGACAGCAGCAAUGGAGGAAGCGACGAUGAUAUCACGGCGUCGCAGAAAAUGAUCUCGGCCAUGUCGGGUAGUCUUUUGACGUCCCUUCUAGUGACGCCGCUCGAUGUUGUCCGAAUCCGAUGGCAAUCCCAAAACGUCACGCCGCCGACGGUGGAUUUCUCGCGCCUUGCCAUGACGACCGACACCCUGAAAACAUUCAACACGUCGAACCUCGGAGUUACCGCAUGCUGCCGAGAAGUGUUCUUCAUGAACAACUCCUCCGAACUAUGCCUCGCGAUGCCGAGAGCCGCUGAGGGCGUCGCGGCUGCCGCGGCCGCCGACUGUGCCGUCCAAGAGGUCGAACGGAAGACCAUCAGCUCGACAAUGGACGGGCUGAGGAAGAUUGCGCGGAACGAGGGGUUCACCAGUCUUUGGAGGGGUCUUUCCCCGACCUUGCUGAUGACGAUCCCGGGCAACAUUAUCUACUUUACUGGCUACGACUGGCUGCGAUACAACAACAAGAGUCCCAUCGCGCAAAAGCUCAACGACGAUACCGCGCCAUUGGUCGCCGGCGCGGGAGCUCGCAUCCUGGCUGCCGCCGCCGUCAGCCCGAUCGAGCUGUUCCGCACGAGAAUGCAAGCAUCAACUGGCAACUCGACAACCGGCCAUCUUGCAAACACAUUCCGAGGCAUCAAGGAAAUGGUCAGCGCCAGUGGCUACACUUCGUUGUGGAGAGGAUUGACCUUGACCUUGUGGAGGGAUGUGCCCUUUUCGGGCCUGUACUGGUGGGGAUACGAGACGAUCCGGGGCAAAUUGACAGAUGUGCGAGAGACCCGCCGCGGCCGGAGUUUGGACACUAGGGGCUCGCGGACCCAGGCACGGCGCCGGUCUCAGAGCCAGGAGAACCACACGGAAACCUUGACGGACAGCUUUAUUGCCGGUGCCGUAUCAGGCGGCUUCGCGUCGAUAGUGACGAUGCCGUUCGACGUGGGCAAGACCAGGACGCAGGUCUACCGCGAUUCCCCGCGUCAGGUGGCUGGGGCCAAUGCUGCCAAGGUGGCUGCAGCUGAGCAAGGCUCCAUGGUGCGCUUGCUGUGGCACAUCUUCACGACCGAGGGAAUAGGGGGCCUGUGGAAAGGAUGGAUCCCCCGGACUCUGAAGGUUGCCCCAGCCUGCGCCAUCAUGAUCAGCAGCUACGAGGUGGGGAAGCGGGUGUUCAGAGGCGUGAACGAGAAGGCAAGAAGAGACAUGGACUGA